AUCGCAAAAUACGCACAACGAUCGACAAAUAAACAGUAACUGGCAAUAUAGAGACAAUAUGGCACCUAAAGCAGAGGAAUACAACGAGGAUGAGCUGCAGCCGCCACAAUGGUUGGAUAGUGAGUUUCUUAUGCAAGUGUUGCAGAAUUGUGAGCAAAACGCAAGUGAUGUGGUGUUGAAAAGCUUCAAACUCACUCCCGCCACUGUUAAGGGUGACCACUAUGCCAGCAUAAUGUUUCGUGCAUUGGCCGAGUAUCGGUUAGGUGGUGUAGAGAAAAGCAAAUCGAUGAUCAUUAAAACAAUGCCAGAGGUCGAAGGCAUCAAAAAAGAUAUUUUGGAGAAAUUUGACAUAUUCGAGGUUGAAAUUGGCAUGUAUACGCAGGUACUGCCACGCUUCGAAAAGCAACUGCGCGAUAUUGGUGAUAACACAACGCUGAAAGCACCUGUACUCUACCAUGCGUUAUCACCACACAAGCUCAUCGUAUUUGAGGAUAUCGUGCCACUGGGCUAUAAUGUAAUUCGUGAACGUUUUGCGAAUGAGCAAGAAGUAAAAGCUGCUUACGCCAAACUGGCCAAAUGGCAUGCGAUCAGUCACAAGAUAAUAAAAGAGGAACCACACUACUUCGAUCAAUAUCGCCACAGUUUCUUCUCGCAGGACAGUAUUAGGGAAAAUCCAUUCUUUAUGAACGGUACGAAAACUUUUAUGAAAUUUGUGCAAAAAACACCAGAGUUGAAGGAAUAUUUGCCAACUUUUGAGAAACUUUUGGAGAAAGUUGAUCUGCUCGAUGAGGCUGUUGCUUCCUAUAACGAAUAUCGGGUUGCGCCGCUUGAUGACGCUUACUAUGUGCUCAAUCAUGGUGAUUUCCAUUCGAAAAAUAUGAUGUACAAGCAUAAUCCAGAUACCGGAAAAUUUGAGGAUGUUAUGCUCUUGGACUAUCAAUUUUCCCAUGUUGGUCCAAUAACCAGUGAUUUGAUGUACUCCAUAUUCAUGUUGUUAGAUGAUAAGUUGCGUCCGCGUACAGCUGAAUUCCUGCAUUACUACUUCACGAUUUUCAAGGAAACUCUUGAGAAAAUAGGAUACGACGGCCCUUUACCGAGUUUGGUCAAAUUGCGGGAGCACUUGUUCCGUCACAGAUAUACAGAAUUGCUGAUGAUGAUGAUAUUUCUGCCGAUGUGGCCUAAAUUUUGUCGAGGAGAUAUCUCACCAGAUUUGCUGACAACCGACAAAGAGUACGCUCUUAAGAUUUAUGACAAAGAAUACCUCGACGAGUUGCUCCGGAUUAUUCCGAAUUAUUUACAUUUGGGUUAUCUCGAGGUUUAGUACAAAAUUUGAAGUUAGUUUCUAUAAGGUGACAAAUAUGUGAAGGAUUUAAGUGCAAGUUAGCGUUAGUUUUAUUAAGGCUGUUGUUAUAGAAGAUGCGAUUCAAGCAAUAAAGUUGUUAUGUCCGGAGAGUUUAAUACUUUGCUCGACACAAACAAAUAAAGAACCAAAUAAAAUAAAUACUAUAUUAUA